CGUUUAUUGCAACACAACGACCACAUGAUGACGCAGUGACGUUAUCUUGAGGCCAGGAAGGCAGAGAAAGGAGGUUAUGACUGAAACACAGCAACCAGCUGUAAACGGUGGCGAAAGCUAGCGUCCGUAACGACGUAAACAUCCACUAUAAUAAAAGUUCUUCAUGGAAUAGGUUAGUUUAAGGGUCCUUUUAAGCCACUUGAAAACUACAUUCCAGUGGGUAUUGAAAACAAGUUGAUGUUUUCGCAUUACACGUUGAUCCAGGAAAUUCCCCACGGCACUUAAAGGCAGCACAAGCAUGAGAAAGAAAAGCUGCUUUAUUUGCACUUUUCCGCCAAGUUUUGCGCCACAGCCCUUGCGUUAUUUUAACAUCUCGUCGCUGUCACGAUGCGCCUCGUUGCUGUUUCUCUGAAUUAUUGAUCAUCGGAGGCCGGAGCAGAAAAACAACCCCGCGGAUUCCGUCACAGCUCAUGGCCGAGAGAGAGGCGCCCUCGUCCCGCCUGACAAUCCGCCGCUGCCACCCGCCCGCGAGGAUCCACCGGCCAACCAAGUAUCAUCCCAGCGCCAGGCCGCCUUACAUGACCGGCAAGUCGGCCUAGACUGACUGGCUGCUGCAGCCUGCAUGGGACGGUGAUUCUACACUACGCGCGGGCUCCCCGGGAGUCAACGAGUGUUUUCGGGGGGGGACGUGAAGGCAGCGCCGCUAUUGAUUGGACAGUGUGGCCGUCAAUCAUCUUUGCAGCGCCCUCCCGCGUGGGUGACGUUUUCGUGCCAAAGCGGUCAGACCAGUGCCAGACGUGCACAACAAAAGACAACAAAAGCACGCGUGGGGGCCAAAAUGCGAGCACGAACCCGACACACUUCCACACAUGGACAGGAAUCGAACACGAUGACUUUUACGAGGAGAUUGUGACGAGUCGACAACAAGGAGCUUGUGUUGCGUUCGGGUGUUUCCGAACUCGACAGGCUGUCGUCCGUCUCAACAAACAUUCAGGACGCAGGUGCAAUUUCCAGGCGCGGCGUCGGCGUGGAGCUGCCACGCGCCCGAGCCCACCGGCACCACGACGGCCCUGGCUUGGAUCCUCCGGUGUCUGUUCUGCCAGCAAGUCCAGCGGCGGUGCAACCCGUCCGGCCCGGACGCCGGCGACGAGCCGCAGCCCCCGGACAUGGUCAAGAUGACCAAGUCCAAGACCUUCCAGGCCUACCUGCCCAGCUGCCACCGCACCUACAGCUGCAUCCACUGCAGAGCGCACCUGGCCAACCACGACGAGCUCAUCUCCAAGUCAUUUCAGGGAAGCCAAGGAAGAGCAUAUCUCUUCAACUCUGUGGUGAACGUGGGCUGCGGUCCGGCUGAGGAGCGGGUUCUCCUCACGGGUCUUCACGCCGUGGCCGACAUCUACUGUGAAAACUGCAAAACUACCCUGGGCUGGAAAUAUGAGCACGCCUUUGAGAGCAGUCAGAAGUACAAAGAGGGAAAGUUCAUCAUCGAGCUGGCUCACAUGAUCAAAGACAACGGAUGGGAAUGACUCUUGGAGGCUCACUUGUUUAACGGCGACCUCCGCUUGACCCCCCCCCCCCCCCCCCCCCCCAAUGCCCAGGAUUGUGACAUCAUCACGCCACAGGAGGCAAAACUGCUCCAAAGGAAAUCAUUGUGUCAUUGUGGCUUACCGCAGGACAAUGAUGGACCACUUUUUUUUUUUUUUUUUACCUUAGCCGCUAAGCGGUUCGCCUCUACGCACCAUUUUUUGUUUUGUUUUUUUAUGUGACGUGUUGCAAGCUUGGACACGGUUUUGAUGUAGCAGGGGUGAAGGAGCUAGCAUGGUUAGCAAUCUCGUAGGCUAGCAAGUUAGCGAGCUAGCGCAUGGGCACUGGAUUUUAUUUGCGAUAUUUACACCAAUCUGCUUUCUUCUUUGGUGUUUUCGUUUUUAAAUUUCAGAUCAUGUUACAAAAUUGUCAAAGCAGUAUUUAUCUACCAUAAAUAUAUUAAACGAUGCGUGUAGAAUAUAUAUAUAUAUAUAUAUAUAUA